AUGCCUGUUUUUCCAAAAUAUAUUGUUCUAUCAUUGUUUAGACGCAAUAUUUCACAAAGUAUUUUUAAUGCUACAAGUAUAAAAAAUAGUGCUUCAUGGUGGAUACAUCAAAAAUCAAACACAAGAUACUUUCACUAUAAUAUAAAUAAACUCUCUUUGGAAUACUUCAGGCCAAAGAAUAUCGAUAUACGAACAUAUUCUGUACCUUUGAAUGCGUCAUAUAUAUCAAUCAAAGAUGAAAGUCGUGAAUUAAUGGCUGUUUGGCCUGAUAUUGUUCGUGAUCUUACCACUACUAAAUGUCAUAAUGAUAUGCCAGAUGUUGCAAAAUGGCUGGCAAAGGUAUUGCAAUAUAAUGUUCCUGGUGGAGGGAAGCACAGAGCGUUAAUGGUUGUACAAGCAUAUAAAUCUUUUGCUUCUCCGGAUCAAUUAACGGAAGAAAAUCUUCGUUUAACCCGUAUUCUAGGCUGGUGCGUAGAACUGUUACAAGCGUUCCUCAUUAUGGCCGAUGAUAUUGAAGAUGGUGGAAAAAUACGACGAAAUCAACCAUGCUGGUAUCUAUGCAAUGGUAUUGGUUUGAAAGCAGUUAAUGACAGUGUAAUGUUAGAAAUGUGUUUAUAUGAACUUCUUAAGAAACACUUUAAGACGAAAGAAUGUUAUUUAGAUGUUAUAGAACAAUUUUUAUCAAUUACAUUUAAAACGGAAAUGGGUCAAUGUCUAGAUUUAAUAUCAACAAAUUUUGGAAAUAAAUCGAAUUUAAGUCUUUUUACUAUGGAUAAGUAUAAUGCUCUUGUAAAGCAUAAAACAGCUUACUAUACGUUUGUGUUACCAGUCACUCUUGCUAUGAGUUUUGCUGGUAUAAAAGAUCCAGAAAUGUAUAGACAAGCAAAAACAAUCUUGCUAGAAAUGGGUCAUCUUUUUCAAGUACGAGACGAUUAUUUAGAUUGUUAUACUGAUGUGAAAAGCAGUGGAAAACUGGGUACCACGGAUAUAGCAGAAGGAAAAUGUUCGUGGCUUAUUACUGUAGCUUUGCAACGUGCUACACCAGAACAAAGGAAAGUUUUGGAGGAAUGCUAUGGAGACUCUGAUCCAGAAAAAAUAAAUCGUGUGAAACAACUUUAUCAGGAGAUAGGUAUACCAAAUACUUACGCUAUCUAUGAAGAAGAAACACAUAAUUUAUUAAAUACGCAUAUACAACAAAUAUCUCGUGGACUUCCACAUGACUUUUUCUUGAAGACCCUUAAUAGAACGUGUGUUAUUUCUCUGCCAUGUGUUUUUAAUAAACUAAAUUGUUCUCCUCCUUUUAAGCUUUUCGAUAAUGAAUCUGAUACAGAAAAAUAUACAUCUUUUGAUACUUCCACAGGUGGAUUUUCAAUCGGGCCUUCGAUAUUACAUUUAUUUUUCUUUUUUUUUUUAAUAUUUUUGGUUUCUAUUUCAGAUUUUUCUGUAUUAAUUUCAUAUUCUUUAUGAUCAUUUUCUGUGGGAUCAUACCUGAUCAUUCUUUUUCUGAAAAAUUAGAAAAAUAUAAUGUAAUUUAGAAAAAUAUAAUAUAUAAAUGUAAGUAAUUAGUAUUCAUUCAUAAUUCUAGUAUUAUGAUUAGAUAUGUAACAUUAUGAUUACGAUUUGUUUUAUUCGUACUUCGAAAAUUUUACAUUUUUAUUUGUAUCUUUAUUCUUUGAAGCAAUUGGUACUCCUAAAAUAUUUUCUAAAAUAUCUAAUUGUAAUUCCUUUUCCUUCUGUAGGUCAAUUUCAUUGUCAUUUACAUUAAUAUCUGUAUUUGUUUUUUGACCAUCAUCCAUGAAGCGUUUGUCAAGCUUGAACCGUUCAUCAGUAAUAUUAUUUCCAAGAUACUAGAAAUAAUCAAUUAAUGUUAAUUAUCUAAAUGUUUAUAAAAUUUAUUUAUUUAUAGAUAUGUAUAAGUACUUCACUUUCUCUGUGAAAUUUUUGUUACUAUCAAAUUUAUGGUUAUCCCACACUGGUUCAUUAUCAUUUCUGUCAUCAUCAGCAUCAUCAAAUAAGUCACGUUUUUUCUUUUUUGCUUUUUCUCUGAUUUUAAAUUGUUCUAUGUCGUUAAUGUCAUUAUCAUCAAAUAUUAUUUUAUUUUUAUUCGUGUUAUUGUCCUAUAAAAUUAGGUAUUCACAAACAUGGUAUAAAAACAAAUAUUGACAAAACAGAAUUAAUUAAAACAUACUUACCAAAUUCUUCAGUGCAUUUUGUACUGCCAAUUCUUUGGCUCUAAAAAUUUGUUUCUUACGUUUUAAUGAUUCUAAUCGCUUCUUCUCUGAUGUAUCAAUUCCAUUCAUUUUUAUUUCUCUUUUAUCCUCAAGUUUUAAAAACUUUUUGUUUUUACAAAUGUUGUUUUAGGUUGAUAGAUUAA